AUUGGUCAAGGUUCAGACCCCAGGUUAUAACUACUCAGAUUUCAUGAUGAUACCAUCUUCCCCUUGUCACUCAGAAAACCCAAACUAAGGCCUGAAAGUGUGCCUUUGUAUACAAGCUUUAAAGUAGUGUGGUAACUUGGCAUGGAUAGGUUCAGCUUAUGGGCAUGAGAGCUAUCCAUGCUCAGAGCUUCAAUUCAGCCUCCAGCCCGUUUAUAGAGCCCCAAAAAUGUGGUAGCAGGAUGAUCAAAGAGACAGGCAAAGCCUUUGAAAACAAAGAGGCAGCUGAGAAGAUCUGAGGAUAUGCAGAAUGUUUGUGUCUAAUAAAAAUGACUCCACAUGUAUUCCAUGAAAAUUAAUAAGAAUGAAUAUAUAAAACACUUAGCACACAUUGGUCUAGAUUGAUGGCAGAGACAGAAGGAAGUUUGGAAACUGUAUCACUUGAGAUAUUUUUAAUUAUAGCAAUGGAAAGCCCAAUGCAAGUCGUCUUAAACCCUGAGAGGAAUUUCAUAGUGGAUUAUAUAACGAAAAAAUAUCCAGAGAGAAGACUUAAAUUCUGGAACGGUUUUAUCAGGACUUCAGCUACAUUUCUGGGCAAUUCUCUUGUUUUGACCUCCUCUGUGGACGCACUUCAUCCUCAGGCAGCUUCCCUGCUGGUUGCCAAGUGACAGCAGUAACUCUGCUCUGUCUCAUUCACCUGCCACAAGGCCCAAAACAAGGUCUCAACAAUAGCUCAUUACAAUGUUAUCUCAACACUGAAUGUAGAGGGACUGAUGUUUAAUAAGCCAAACGGCAUCAUGUAUCCAUCUCCAAACCAAACUCAGGGAGUUCACUGAUAAGUUUGUCAAUGCAGACCACACCCUAGAGUAUGACUGUGACCUAACAGAGGAGGGGUGGAGUGGAUGCUGGGAGGGCAGUCACCGUGUCCACCACCGAGAUCAUCAGUUUGUUAAUUCUAGGCUAAGAACUGAAUCAUAGUCUACUGAACCUGAGUAUUAAUCCCCUACAUAUUUCCAAAGAAGGACAUGGACUGAGGAAGAAAAGUUGUGAUGUCAGAAGCAUGUAAAUGGGUGGAGAAGAAAGAGUCAUCAUUCUUCAGCCACCUUACUCUCUGAACUCCCAGCCUGACUGAAAAAUCCAGCCCCUUGAAGAAGGAUGAGAGACACAAAGAGUAGAGACUGAGCUUAGGGGCAAAUGAGUGAUGGAUGCAUAGACCUACACGUGUGAAGUUGCAUAGAUUUAAAUACACACACAUGUAAAAAUGAGGAAAGCCAAUAAACCGGAUCGUAUCGAUGUCAGUUUCAUGAUUUGCUAUCUUUUCGUGCCAUAGUUAUGCAAGAUGUUACCACGGUGGAAACCAGAUGAAGGCAUUCCUGAGGAGAACACUGUCCUGAGAGUUUCAUACUCUGCUGAUCUUCUGCAUCUCACAGGGAAAAACCUGGACCGCUAUGAAAUUUAUCUUCUAUUUGGGUGUCCUUGCUGGGACACUUUUCUCUGCUCACUCGUCUGUGCAGAAAGAAGACCAUGCUCCCUAUCUGGUAUACCUCAAGUCGCACUUCAACCCCUGCGUGGGUGUCCUCAUCAAAAACAACUGGGUGCUAGCCCCAGCUCACUGCUCCUUACCAAACCUGAAAGUGAUGCUGGGAAAUUUCAGGAUCAGAGUCAGAGAUGGCACAGAGCAGGCCAUUAACCCCAUCCAGAUUAUCCGCUACUGGAACUCUAGCCAUAGCAACCCCCAGGAUGACCUCAUGCUCAUUAAGUUGGCAAAACCUGCCAGACUCAAUAACAAAGUCCAGCCCCUUCCCCUCGCCACCAGCAAUGUCCGGCCAGGCACCGUCUGUCUGCUCUCAGGUUUGGACUGGAGCCAAGACAACAACGGCAGACACCCUGAUUUAAGGCAGAACCUGGAGGCCCCUGUGAUGUCUGAUAAAGAGUGUCAGAAAACCGAACAAGGAAAAAGCCACCGGAACUCCUUAUGUGUUAAAUUUGUGAAAGUCUUCAGCCGAAUUUUUGGGGAAGUGGCCGUCGCUACCGUGAUCUGCAAAAACAAGCUCCAGGGGAUCGAGGUUGGACACUUCAUGGGAGGAGAUGUCGGAAUCUACACCAAUGUUCACAAAUAUAUACCCUGGAUUGAGAGAAUCACUAAAGAAAAAUGACACCUUACUACUCCCUCUGCAUCCCACUGGCUUUGUCAUUGACUCUACAAGCCACUACUUUCUCCAAACUCGAAAUAAAAUUUCCAAGUGGAAAUGCAUUACACCAGUA